UUGGGAGUGUAAGGUUUUCUUUUUUAACUGGUUGUGUUCCAAUCGGCAGAGAUCCCACCUGGCCUGUCUCCUCGUUCUAAAAAAACUGAUAAUUAUUUCCAAUGUCAAAUGGGGUAGCUACUUCCUAAGCUAAUCUGUAUAUUUCUAUUCCGGGUUCUAAUUCAAAUUAGAACAGAUUCUUUUGAUUCUAACCACCGCAAAAUUAUAUUUCUCUUUCUUUAUAUUGCUUUCCUGUGUUGACAGAUUUAAUAUUCUUUUUUGCAGAUGCAACUCUGUUCUCUCAUUGCCACCUCGAUUGCCAUCCUCUGGGUAACUCUAUCAAACUCGGAGCUACCAUUACCGGGCCGCCUCCUGCACACGGUGAUGGUCCUGGGUCUCAGGUGUGUCCAAUGUGCUGCCAGGGGCCUGCUGGGACACCCGGAAUUCCGGGUCUACCAGGAAAUCAGGGUCAGUAUGGACCGCCAGGAGCAAAGGGCGGUGCUGGGGUCAAAGGUCAGGAGGGUGAAAUUGGUCCGAUUGGCCCUGUUGGAAACCCUGGCCCCAAAGGGGACGACGGAAGUGGCCUGCCGGGUAAGGUAGGUCCCAGAGGCCCACCUGGUUUAGUUGGAGCCAUCGGGGAAGUGGGGGUCAAAGGUCAAAAGGGAGAGCCGGGGGAGGCUCCUGAUAACUCUGCACACCGGGUAGCGUUCACUGUGACACGAGUAACCGUCUCAGAUACAUCAACGAGUCAGGACACCCGUUUGCCCUUCGAGCAGGUUGAGACGCUUCUGCCGGGUACCAGCUUCAAUCUUGCCACCGGAACAUUUACAUGUAAUGUGCCAGGUACCUAUGUGUUCACGUUUUCUGUUAACAAACAUAGCUCCCGCUACCUCUGGGUUCAUCUUAGGAAAAACAACGUCAGCGUUAUCUCUGGCGGUAGCUAUGACUCAAAUCAAUAUGAGCAGGUGUCUGGGAGCGCAGUGCUGGUUCUGCAGCGAGGAGACUCAGUGCAUUUGACCAUGAGUGGUAGGGCAAACGGUGGUUCGCCCAACCACUACACCUCAUUCAGCGGCUUUCUCCUUUACCCCAAAUAAAUAAACAA